AUGACAUGGAAAACAACUGCAGGAGAUUACACGAUCAGAAGACAGCAGCAGGAGAUUACACGAUCAGAAGACAACAGCAGGAGAUUACAGGAUCAGAAGACAACAACAGGAGAUUACAGGAUCAGAAGACAGCAACAGGAGAUUACAGGAUCAGAAGACAACAGCAGGAGAUUACACGAUCAGAAGACAGCAGCAGGUGAUUACAGGAUCAGAAGACAGCAGCAGGAUCAGAAGUCAGCAGCAGGUGAUUACAGGAUCAGAAGACAGCAGCAGGUGAUUACAGGAUCAGAAGACAGCAGCAGGAGAUUACACGAUCAGAAGACAGCAGCAGGUGAUUACAGGAUCAGAAGACAGCAGCAGGAGAUUACAGGAUCAGAAGACAGCAGCAGGAGAUUACACGAUCAGAAGACAGCAGCAGGUGAUUACAGGAUCAGAAGACAGCAGCAGGUGAUUACAGGAUCAGAAGACAGCAGCAGGAGAUUACAGGAUCAGAAGACAACAGCAGGUGAUUACACGAUCAGAAGACAGCAGCAGGUGAUUACAGGAUCAGAAGACAGCAGCAGGAGAUUACAGGAUCAGAAGACAGCAGCAGGUGAUUACAGGAUCAGAAGACAGCAGCAGGUGAUUACAGGAUCAGAAGACAGCAGCAGGAGAUUACACGAUCAGAAGACAGCAGCAGGAGAUUACACGAUCAGAAGACAGCAGCAGGAGAUUACACGAUCAGAAGAGAACAACAGGAGAUUACAGGAUCAGAAGACAGCAGCAGGAGAUUACAGGAUCAGAAGACAGCAGCAGGAGGUUACAGGAUCAGAAGACAACAGCAGGAGAUUACAGGAUCAGAAGACAGCAGCAGGAGAUUACAGGAUCAGAAGACAGCAGCAGGAGAUUACAGGAUCAGAAGACAACAACAGGAGGUUACAGGAUCAGAAGACAGCAGCAGGAAAUUAUAAUGAUGAAUGGAACUUUGUUCUUUAG